CGAACGAGUGCCGAUCGUACUGCGGGUGUUUUUUAAAAAUUAUAAACAAUAAGAAAACGCGUAAAUAUUGCAAAUAGAAUUCGCGUGGACAAGACGUGCAAUCGAGCAAAGCGCGCAACGCAUAACAAAAAAGAAUCUGCAAUUGUUUAAGAAAGCGUGUAAACGAUUUAAAAAGUUUUGCAAAAAGAAAAAAAACAACGUGUGUUGUAUGCCGUGCGAUAAAAUACAAUAAAUAGUGUGAGUUAAGUGCAAUAAAUAAGGCAAAUUAGUUGUGCCUUAAUUUUAAAAUUAUCUGCGUAACGUCUUAAUGAACGUGUUGAAAAUUAACAAAGUGAAAAAGUAACCAAAAAAAUAAAAAAAAAACCAAGGCAAGCUCAAGUUCAAAAAAAAUUGUUCAAGUCAUCGAUACCAAAAGCAACAACAACUUUAACUGUUGCGCUACGUUUUGUAAGUUGUUUGUUUUUGGUUAUUGACAGCAGCGCGCUUAGCAUGAACCAAGCUGUAAGUUUGCACUACGAAGAAAAAGAAAACGUAGCGACCAUGAUGUCCUGCCCCCUUCCUAUGCCAUUACCAAUACCAAUAUCUUCAAUACACAAAACAGAAUUCUCACCUACGGUACACAUUGGAGUUAAGAGUCUCAUUUAAAAAAACGUUAACCGUACAGCCCACAGCAAUAUAUAUUUAAAAAAAUUAAUAAACUAAAGCAACGACGCGCAACAAUCAAUUCAAAUAAACAGCAACAACAUUUCACAAAACUUCAGUUUCAACUACUUCAACGACUUUGACACGACAUUAAUUGCUGCUAUACACACAUCCCUAACCCACAAAUCCGUGCAAUUCCUUGAACAAGCAAAAAAUACCAAAAACUAAUUUAAAACAACGCAUAAUCAAAUCAAAACUUAAACGUUACGCAACAAACUACCAAAUACAACUAAAUAAACAACAACAACAACAAGUGCUGUAUACAGAGCGAGAGAGAGCGCAGCAUUAAUAUUUCAAUCAACAUUUGUUGCCAAUAAAACUGUCAUCAUUGCCGCGUUAACAGAAACCACGGCGUCCGCAGCGAUUGCAGCGCUCAGUAUCAGCAGCAGCUCUCAAGCGUCGCUUGCAAGCAGCGCCACAAGUCCAGCCAGCGCCAGCGUCGCACCAGCAACAGCAGUUGCUGCAGUUACAGCAGCAGCAACAGCGCCAGCAACAGCAGCUGUAACAACAACAGCAGCAGCAGCAGCGACGCCGCCAGCGCUUAAAAGCAACGAUAUCGUUUCAACUGAUACCACAGCCGAGUCCUCCCCUAUACAAGAUUUAAUUAUGCAAAUGCAACUGUUGCAAGCACCACCGCCCACUCAUCCGCAUCAUCUGCAUCAUCUGCAGCAUCCGGCGGCAGCUGCUGCUUAUCAGUCUCAAAUGUUGCAGCCAAGCAACGUCGUCACCGUACAGCAGCAACAGCAGCAGCAACAACAACAGCAGCAGCAGCAACAGGCAAUGUUGCUGCAUCAACAAGCGCUCGCCCAGCAACAGCAGCAGCAGCAACAACAGGCAGCAGCACAGCAGCAAUAUCAAAUGCAACAACAGCAGCAGCAGCAGCAGCAAGCACAACAGCAACAGGCCGCCGCCGCCGCCGCCGCCGCACAGCAGCAAUAUCACUAUCAGCAACAUGCACAAGCAAUGCUCCAAACUUACAUGCAGCUGCAGGUGAAUAAUGUGGCUGCAGCACCCACCACGCCCACCAAAUAUGCGCCCACUGGCGCUCAAUACUUUGCAGCGCCAACAACACCGCUGACGAUUAUACCGGCGGCCUGUACCGCCGGCGCUGCUGCGGUCGCUGCUGCUGCCAUGUUUGCCAACGCUGCCACGCCCACAUCGGCAGCGACAACGCCGAGCAACAAUGUAAAUAAUACAGUUAAUCUAUGUGAUGUAACUAGAACUACUACCACUACCACUACUAAGCAGCCUGCCGCAGCUGCGUCCGCCGCUCAGCACCACCAAAGCGUUGGCCACCUGCUGCUGGCAGCGCCGCCGCCCUUGGCACAGGCCAGCGCCUUGGCUGGCUGUGGCCGCAGCAGCGGCAGUAGCGGCUGCAGCUCUGCAUCUUCUGAUUGUUCUAUGCCAUCGCCAACUUCACUACACUUAUCUUCUCCUAAAAAGGUUUGUGUGUGUUCACUACAAAAAAAAACAAAAAAAAAAAAAAAGAAAAACUCAAACUAA